GCUUUCCCAAGUUGCUGUCUGAGCGGAGGCAUCGGGAAGAGGAGCCCAGUCGUGCUAACAUUCCUCAGGAGCGCUGCUUAAAUGAAACGAGGCGGCUUCUCCGUCCAAGGAUACAGAGCCAGGAGCAGACGCCGGGAAGCUGCUUGCCUUCUUUUCGCCCCCAACUCCUGCAGGAGCUGAGCAGCUCUCCUCCCUGGCAUGCGUCUCAUCUCUCAGGAUACCAUGUCACAGUAUUCUACUAACUUUCUCUUGCUCCCCAUACCCGAGUACCCCGUGUUAGACUGCGUGCCCAACAAAAUCAUCAAGCUCGUGGUGCUGGGCGGCAGUAGCGUGGGCAAGACAGCCCUGGUUGUGCGCUUUCUCACAAAGAGAUUUAUUGGAGACUAUGAGGCCAACACUGGUGCUUUGUAUUCAAGGAAGUUCACCAUAGAUGGAGAACAGAUCUCUCUACAGGUGCAGGAUACUCCCUUUGUUUCAUUGGAGGAUGACACUGACAGCAUAUGUUGCCAAGAGCAGAUAAACCGAUCCAUCUACUGGGCAGAUGGCUUCGUUUUUGUUUACUCCAUCACAGACUACGAGAGCUACCGAGUGAUCCGUCCCCUGCAUCAGCACAUCCGCAAGAUCCACCCGAAUGCCAACAUCCCCCUGCUCCUGAUGGCGAACAAAGGAGACCUCCUGCGAGCCAGGCAGGUGUCCUCCAAAGAAGGGCUCCAGCUGGCCGGUGAACUGGGAGGUACUUACUAUGAAGUCUCAGCUCGGGAGAACUGUGAGGGAGUGCAUGAAGCCUUCCAGCAGCUCUGCCAGGAGGUCAGCAGGAUGAUUGGGAGCUGCAAUGGAGAGAAGCGAAGAGGCCUCCACCUCGUGCGACCCAAGUCACCAAAUAUGCAGGACUUGAAGAGGCGUUUGAAACAGGCUCUGACUUCCAAAGGGAAAUCUGCCACUACGCUUUGAUGUAGCCAACAGGAAUCGUUUUCUACAGCCCUGAAAAAGAAAAGGCAGGAAAAUAAGCUGGUAAUAAGGGGCACUGCUGCAAUUCAGCAGCCAGGUUGUGA